AUGGAAAACGUUUUGUGUCAUGGCGAUUUAUGGUCCAUGAACGUGCUGUGGAGGCAAAAUGGAGGUGCCCUUAACAUGGCUGCUGUUGUGGACUAUCAGCUCAAAGAAGCCUAUCGCCAGUAUUUCCCCAUCGGCGCUUUCAUGAUAGUGCCUAUGGUUGGACCAUUUUUCGAGAUGGUGUGUAAAAGUUCCGACGAGGAGUUCAAGAAGAAGGGUAUGGACAUUGUUAUGGAAAAAACUGAGUGCCUGCUGGACGACAUCUUCUACUUUCACGACCGAAACAUUAAACUUCGGAAAGGAAAAACAGUUGCUUAG